CCCAGUUUGGAGACGUUUACUUCAAAUUUCCGCUUUUCUCACCCGAAGUUGUUGGGUUAGGAGGUGGCCCAGGUUUGGCGUCUUUUGAGGCGGAAUUUAGUUGUGUCUGACAGGUAAUGGCGCGACUGUUUCUGAGGGGAAGCCUGCAGAGGUGCAUCGCCACCCAGAUCAGGAUGUCAUCUGACCAGCUUGGUGAGCUGGGCAAAGGAGCAGGGAAAGGCGGAGGAGGUGGAGGAUCUGUGAGGACGGCAGGAGGCGCAUUCGGAAAGCGGGAAGCGGCAGAAGAGGAGCGAUACUUCAGGGAGAGGGAGAAGGAGCAGAUGGAGGCUCUGAGGAAGCACCACAGAGAGGAGAUUGAACAUCAUAAAAAGGAGAUUGAGCGCCUACAAAGGGAGAUCGACCGCCAUAAGGGCAAAAUCAGAAAGCUGUCGCACGACGACUGAGGCAGCGACGCCUACUCUGAUUUAUUACCUGAGUGCAACCACUUGUUGAAUUUCACUUGUUUCCUCUGCUGGUCAAGGCAGAUCUUGUGAUCAUGAGUUGUUAUACUGACCUCGUUCUAAGGGCUGAAACAAUAAAGUGAUUCAUCUUCCUGA